GUGAUGUUAUAUAUUAGAGUGAAGUUCUGCCUUUAAGGAAGUAUGAGGUUCCGUUUUUUGAAGAUACGGCUCUCGCAAAUGUAGGAACACUUGUGUAUCGGCUGAACUGAACCAAUAGGCGGCCUUGCUUUGAAAGCACCAUGAGCUAGUCAGCCACGCUACCUGGCCGAUGACUGCUACCGAGCAACCGACUGUCCAAAAAAAAAAAAUAUUGGGCCUGCAUCCAACUGGAAGACAAACAUCAUCGAUGCUUGCUCGCCUCCGCAAGACGACAUGGCGUACAGAGCAGGGAAGCCGACCUUGCUUCUCUCGAGCAGAUGGUGUUCUGCGACCGCACAAACAACCCGCUUAGUGCGAUCAGUCUCAACAUCACGAUACCUUCGCGCACAACAUGACGAGUCUCCUAAGACGACGCCAACCGAGCACCGAUUGCCCCAGACCCUCACCGAAAAGAUUGUCCAGCGCUAUGCUGUUGGACUGCCCCCAGGCAAGCGUGUCCGGAGCGGCGACUAUAUCAGCAUUGCGCCGGCUGCAAUUCCCGGUCGCGACCAAGUUCAUGUCGAUGGGAGCUUAACGAAAAUACACCGGCCGGAGCAGCUCGUUCUAGCAUUGGAUCACGACCUGCAGAACACCAGCGAAGCCAAUGUGAAGAAAUACAAAAGCAUCGAGGCGUUCGCCAAGAAGCAUGGAGUUUCAUUCUACCCCGCCGGCCGAGGAAUCGGUCACCAGAUCAUGGUCGAGGAAGGGCAUGCCUGGCCAGGGACCAUGGCCGUUGCCUCGGACAGCCGCAGUACCCAUUACGGCGGAAUAGGUUGUCUCGGGACCCCCGUCGUGCGCACAGAUGCUGCCAGUAUUUGGGCCACUAGCCGAACGUGGUGGAAUGUCGCGCCGAUUACGCGUGUUACGUUCACAGGAAGGCUGCCACCGGGUGUGACUGGCAAAUAUGUCAUUGUCGCUUUAUGUGGUAUCUUUAAGAGCGACGUUCUUAACCAUAUAGUUGAUUUCACGGGACCCGAGGAGACGAUGGAGACCCUGCUAGUCGAUACUCGCGUAACGAUCGCCAACAUGGCCUGCGAAUGGGGCGCCCUUGCUGGCCUGUUCCCUAUCGACCGUACUCUGGAACGCUGGUUACGGUACAAAGCGACCGAAGCGGCGAUGCUUGAAGACCGAACUACGCGGGAGCGUAUUACGCACGAGAGGACAGACGAGCUCUUCGCUAACCCGAUCACGGCAGACCCCGACGCCCUUGCGACGCCCCUCCACAAGCUAGCGCCGCAGAAGAUCAAAAUCGAUCGCGCGUAUAUUGUGUCCUGUACUAAUAGCCGAGCCUCGGAUAUCAGGGCUGCCGCUAAGGUUUUCAGGGACGCUGCCGGGGCUAACGGCGGCGCUAUUUCCAAGAUCGCCGACAGCGUCCAGCUCUAUAUUGCGGCAGCCUCGGCCCCAGAACAGGAGGCCGCCGAGGCUACGGGCGACUGGCAGGUCUUGCUCGAGGCCGGUGCUCAGCCCCUCCCUGCUGGUUGCGGGCCGUGCAUCGGCCUCGGUACGGGACUGCUAGAGCCCGGCGAGGUCGGCAUCAGCGCCAGCAAUCGCAACUUCAAGGGGCGCAUGGGGUCGCGCGACGCAAAGGCAUACCUCGCGAGUCCCGAGGUUGUGGCUGCUAGCGCUCUCAGCGGCGUUAUUACCGGCCCGGGUAUCUACAAGGUGCCUGAAGAUUGGUCCGGCGUGGACGCAGGGUACGGUACCGGCCUGGUACGUACUACUGAGAACGAGCUUUUUGGUCUCGUACAGCAGCUCGACUCGCUCAUCGACAGAGUAGAGUCUGCUGCGGGGCCCUCUGAUAAGCCUGCUACCGAAAUUCUACCCGGAUUCCCUGAGAAAAUCAGUGGCGAGAUCGUAUUCUGUGAUACCGAUAACCUCGAUACUGAUGCCAUCUACCCUGGCAGGCUAACAUAUCAGGAUAACGUCUCCAGGGAGGACAUGGCUCGGGCCUGUUUCUCCAAUUACGAUCCUAAGUUUGAUAGCAUUGCUAGACCGAACGAUAUCAUCGUCUCAGGCUCAAACUUUGGUUGCGGCUCUUCGCGAGAGCAGGCUGCUACUGCAAUCCUUGCCCGAGAUAUCCCAUUGGUCGUCGCCGCCAGUUUCGGUAAUAUCUUCUCUCGGAAUAGUAUCAAUAACGCCCUGAUGGGACUUGAGGUCCCGCGGCUCGUCGAGCGCCUGCGGGCUCACUUUUCCUCGCCACUGGCGGGUACUAAAGAGCGUAUACUCACGCGAAGGACGGGCUGGACCCUGACGUGGGAUGUCAGACGGAGCCUCGUCGAGGUGACGGAGGGUCCUGGAGGGGAGACAUGGACGGAGCCAGUCGGGGAGCUGCCGGCGAAUGUGCAAGAGAUUAUUGCCGUGGGAGGACUCGAGGCUUGGGUCAAGGCCGAGCUUGCCAAGACGGCAUGA